AUGAUGAAUGAAGACAUCUCCAUCGUCGCCGGCCAAAACAGUUUUUCGACCGAAAACGCCACCAUGCUACUAACCCAGGCCAAGAGGCCGCUGGAAGACGAAAAGGAAAUGAUUACUCCCCCCAGCUCAACCGUGAGAAAGACCACAAAGGAGCUGAAUAAGAGGCUCUCGCAUCCCUUGUCACCGGACCACUCCUCUCCCAUUGCUCCGUCCAAGGCCAAGCGUCAAAGAUCGGACACCUGCGCUCGUUCCAACGGUAACUUGACCUUAGAGGAGAUCCUCCAAUCUUUGGAAAGAAGAAGGUUGAAUGGUGAACUCGCCAAGAAACCUCCAUAUUCGUACGCAACUCUGAUCUGCCUGGCUAUCUUACAAUCCCUAGAGGGGAAACUAACGCUGUCCCAGAUAUACUACUGGAUUCACGUCCACUUCCCUUACUAUAAACCAAAGGACGCCAGUUGGCAAAAUUCGAUAAGACACAACCUAUCGCUAAAUGACGCGUUCAUCAAGACAGAAAAGUCCUGCGACGGCAAGGGUCACUUCUGGGAAGUUAGGCCAGGUGCUGAAACCAAAUUCUUCAAAGGUGAAAAUCGUGGUUACGACUUUGUGAAGAACUCACUGCAAGACAUUGGCAAGUAUUUCGAAAUAGAUUCCACACUUGAUGAGUCCGACCGGGCAGAAAGCGGAGAACGUAAUGAUGACGCAGCGGACGACGACGACGAACCAGAAGAAGCUGGGAAAUUUCCCUCGAUUGAAAUCCAACUAAAUUCUUCUCCGAUACUAAAGAUCUCCAAACUACAUCAAAUACCGCAAUUGAAGACCGAUAAUAGUGUAUUGAAUCCUCAGGAAAACCUGGGGCCAAUGAGGAACAUGAUAGAGCACGACGACGACGACGACGACGACGACACCAACAACAAUAACAAUACCGAUGCGCUGGAGCCUCCUUAUGUUAUGAAAAAAUACCACACAUCCUUAGGCUUACCAUCGCUGUUGGAUUCCAAAGACCACUUCCAACUGGGUGCGAAAAACAGCAACAACAACACUCACGCAAAUAGAUUCAAUACACUCCCUAUAGCCGGCGCAAAGUCUCCUCAGAAUUUUAGAAAAUACUUCACCUCAUUCAAUUCGAAUUUUGAGGAUUUGUCUCCGCUUCGAGGUAACGUAGGGGCUGGUUCUCUACUCGACCCACUUCCGUAUUCCCCAUUAAAACUAUACGAUCAAAAAAAUCUUGCGCUCAUGUCGAGACCGCAAUCUCAGCAAUCAUAUUCCAAUUCCCAACUUCCACCUCUCUCGUCUUCCCAUGGUACGGAGCUACUGAAGACACCAAAGAUGAAACAUUUUGAUGUCCUGGACAAGACCCCAUCGCGAUUGAUAAGCACGCCCAAGGACGGGAACUCGAUCUUGAGGAAAUGGCAAACCCCUUCACACCUAUUCGAAGACCUGUACUGCUCGCCGCUUUUCAGAACCACAGAGACUCCCAUCAGAUACAUCACGACCCCGGGAGGCACCUUAGAAUCUCAAAUUUCCCCCAGGAAGUCCUCUGCACCCGAUGUCCUAACGAGCGCGACUAAUUCCAAAUUUGCAUCAAGUGGCUUGUUUGGCGUGGACGUUUAUUCUGUUUGGAAGCGUGCCACUGAAAACUUUUCCGAUGGGAAGAUGAUAUCAGGUAGCCGUCAACAGCAUCACCCUUAUCAUAAUUAUCCUUCGCAGGAUAGUACUAAUGAAAAAAAUUGA